AUGAAAAUCACUCUGUGCGAAGCCACAGCUCUUUCAUCUUCAUCGCGUACCGAGAGCUCCAUCUCAUACCGAGCGCCAGGAAGCCUAAAAGACGCACAGACCGUCCAAUUCAUAACAGCGCCUUUUCCCGAAGAGACCGAGUUUACAGGCCAUGUCGUAGUCCACUUGAACGUGUCAGCGUCAAGUCUACCAGAGACAAACACGAAUCCCUCGGAAAUCGACCUCUUCGUCACCUUGCGACACUUAGACGCACAGGGGGAGGAAAUCUUCUACACAGGCACAGUAGGCGACCCGGUCCCCGUGACCAAGGGCUGGCUACGGGUAAGUCUCAGAAAAGUAGCCGACAGCCAUCCUCGGCACCGGGCUUGGCGCCCCCAUCGGGAAUAUCGCUCGACGGACGUGCUGCCCGUGGAGAGCGGAGUGGUAUAUGCGGUGGACGUGGAGGUAUGGCCGACUAACGUGGUCGUUGGUAAGGGCCAUCGGUUGGUGCUAGAAGUCUCGUCGGGAGAUACGCAGGGGGCGGGGUUGUUCGAGCAUAAUUCCGAGGAGGAUCGGCCGCGGGAUCGAUUGGAGGGGCUCAACACUAUCCAUUUUGGUCCGGAGUGCGACAAUUGGAUCCUGUUGCCCCUCAUCCCCGCAUUGUGA